AUGAGAAAGUGUCCUCGUUCGAUUUUGCAGUGCGUAGACCUACUUGUCCGCGAAAACAUCGCCACUGGACGAACAACAAUAAACGUGAACGCGAAAAAUGCUAACGGCCUCACACCUCUAGACGUUCUUCACAUACAAGAUUCGUACGACGUCAAGAUCAGAGAGAAGCUCGAAUAUGCUGGAGCAAUCGGUGCUCCGCAACGGUCGAAAAAGUUUGAAACAUGUCUCGAACGAGAGAACAAUCUCCAAUCAGAAGAACCUUCUAGAAACUGGUUCAAAUACUUCAAGUUCCAGAUGCAGAGAGACUCCCCUUCCGAAACUCGUAACGCGCUAUUAGUAGUGGCCGCACUAAUAGCCACCGUUUGUUUCCAAGCAGGCACUAAUCCUCCAAAGGGGGUUCUCGAUAAACUGCCACCACCACCAUCACCGCCGCCGCCGCCGCCGCCAAAUCAAGACUCCGACGGUAGACAGCGUAUAGGUCCAGUUGGAGGCUCUGCUCUGGCAGCAUUGGCGGCCAUAUUCGGGUCCCACGCCACGCCGUUUCUUUUCCUGUUCGGCAACUCGUUAGGCCUCACUGCGUCGACGUGCAUUAUAAUAUAUCUCACUUCCGGUUUUCCGUUUCAAAGAGAACUCCACAUAGCGUUGUACUCUACGAUGUUCACUUACGGUUUUGCUAUCAGCACUGCCAUCGAAGGCGUGCGUGCCGAACAGAAAGCGAUGGCUUACGUUCUUGUCUCGAUUGCCUUUGCUCUGCCGUUUGCUCAGAGAUGGCUGCCUCGGUGGGCGAAGAAAGCUCGAAAGUAUUGGAAAAAACGACACGCUAGGGAAUCGAACACCACAUUGUCUAUCGAAAUUUGAUUUUCUAUUAUAUUGCAAGUGUUGAAAAAAAAAAAUCGUCGAAUAUAUAAUAUAUAUCGUCA